GCGGAGUGGACAACUGUGCGACGUGGAGAGCUGCCUAUUUUUCCUAGGCGGAAGUCCGCCCUGGCGUCUCGGGCCGGAGGUCGUGGGUCUCCCCCUGGCCGUGGCCGGUGUUUUGCAAGCUCUCUUGGAACUGAAUCGGUUCGCGCAGUUACUUCUGCGAUACAAGUGACAUCAGAUGAUACCCGGGGCCCCCUCUUCCUGUGGCUCGAGUUCGCACCACUGUGCAGCGCGCAGGGGCGGCGCGUGGCGGCGCGGAGUCCGGGUCGGUGGUCGCUACGGUCGCAGCCAAUCACAGGGCGGGAGGAAAUGUCACGUGGCGACAGAGCGCUCGGCUGACGGACCAAGGUCCUUUACUGCAAGUCCCGCGCUUCACGGGUGCGGAGCAAGUGCCCUUCACAGCCAUGUGCAGCGGCAGCUAAUAAGGCAACUGGAAAGUCAUCUACCGGCUUCUCUCGUAUUUCGAACUGCCACAUGUCGCAGCCCGGAAUUGAUCAGGGCACUACCGCUACGUUUCCUGUUUUGAUACGUCCGCUCACCUUGCCGUUGCUGGACCGCUGCACUGAUCGCGGCGGCGGCGGCGGCGAGCUGCUCACCUCGGAAAUCGGCGAGAAAGCGGCGAUGGGGGCGGCGGCGUCCUUCGCGAGCGGCCCGCGCUCCGGUCUGCGGCGGGAGGGGCGAGGGGGAGGAGGGGCGGGGGUUACGUAA